AUGAAUACGACUACUAUCCUACAAGAGACUUUGAUUAAAAGAUCACAGCAGAAGAAGAGGACUUCUCCCUUAAAUUACAAAGAGAGGCUUUUUGUACUUACAAAGUCUAUGCUAACAUAUUACGAAGGUCGAGCAGAGAAAAAGUACAGAAAAGGAUCUGUGGAUAUUUCAAGAAUUAAAUGUGUAGAAGUUGUAAAAAGUGAUGGUAUUAUUCCCUGUCAAAAUAAAUAUCCAUUUCAGGUUGUAUAUGAUGCUAAUACGCUUUAUAUUUUUGCACCAAGUGCACAAAGCCAGGAUCAGUGGGUGAGGAGUCUGAAAGAAGAAAUAAAGAACAACAGCAAUAUAAUGGUAAAAUAUCAUCCUAAAUUCUGGACAGAGGGAAUUUAUCAGUGCUGCAGACAGACAGAAAAAUUAGCACCUGGUUGUGAAAAAUACAGUCUUUUUGAAAACAGUGUAAUGGGAUUGCCUUCUCCAAUGCCAGAAAAAAAUGCGCGAAGGCCUCCACCACCUGUUCCUCCAGUUGAAGAAAAUGGCAAUGAAGAGGAGGAGAUAGUGGUAGCAAUGUAUGACUUUGAGCCUACAGAGCAUCAUGAUUUAAGGUUAGAGAAAGGUAAAGAAUAUACAGUGAUUGAGAAGAACGACAUUCACUGGUGGAAGGCAAGAGACAAAUACGGAAAACAAGGAUAUAUUCCAAGCAACUAUGUAAUAGGAAAGAAGUCCAACAACCUUGAUCAAUAUGAGUGGUACAGCAGAAACCUGAACAGAAGCAAGGCAGAGCAGCUCCUCAGAAAUGAGGAUAAAGAAGGUGGUUUUGUGGUGAGAGACUCAAGUCAGCCUGGCCUGUAUACAGUUUCCCUUUAUACAAAAUUUGGAGGAGAAGGCUCAUCAGGAAUAAGACACUACCAUAUAAAAGAAACAGUGACCUCACCAAAGCAGUACUACCUCGCAGAAAAACAUCUCUUUAACUCCAUUCCAGAAAUAAUUGAGUAUCAUAAACAUAAUGCAGCAGGUCUUGUUACCAGGCUGCGCUACCCAGUGACCCCAAAGAAGACGACAGCACCAACAACAGCAGGAUUCAGCUAUGAGAAAUGGGAAAUUAAUCCCUCAGAAUUGACCUUCAUGAGAGAACUGGGGAGCGGUCUGUUCGGGGUAGUGCGCCUUGGGAAAUGGAGGGCGCAGUAUAAAGUGGCCAUCAAGGCAAUUCGGGAAGGUGCGAUGUAUGAAGAGGAUUUCAUUGAAGAAGCUAAAGUAAUGAUGAAGCUAACACAUCCUAAAUUAGUUCAGCUGUAUGGUGUGUGCACACAACAGAGACCUAUUUACAUCGUGACAGAGUUCAUGGAGCAUGGCUGCCUUCUCAAUUACCUGAGACAAAAACGGGGAGUUUUGAGUAAAGACAUCCUGCUCACUAUGUGCCAAGAUGUAUGUGAGGGAAUGGAGUAUCUGGAGAGAAACAGCUUUAUCCACAGAGACCUGGCCGCCAGGAACUGUUUGGUGAGUGACUCAGGAGUGGUCAAAGUGUCGGAUUUUGGAAUGACAAG